AUGGCUCCUUCCAAUCUCCUCCUCCUCCUGCUUGCAACUGCAACUCCGUUGAUCACCGGGCAGCUCUUCGACUACCCGACGGCCAACCUCUCAACGAUGUGGACCAACAACAACGCCUCCCUCAAGCACAGCAUCACCUACGCCGAUGGCUCCGUCGUGCACGGGCCAUUGUUCUCCGUCACCAAAGACCACCCUCUAUGGUCCUUCUUUCGCCGCAGGGUUCUUCUGCCCCUCCACACCCUGCGACACUGGUGCUUUCCUGUUUGCCGUCUUCAUCGCCGUCUACACCAACAGUGGUGCCGGCAUCACCUCUGUAACCAAUGGCAUUCCGCAGGCAGGUCCAUUGCUGGCAUGAUGAUCACAGAGCUGGGCAAUCUGGUGCUGUUUGAUCAGAAGAAUGCAACAGUAUGGCAGUCGUUUGAACAUCCGACUGAUGCGCUUGUCCCUGGGCAGUCACUACUGGAAAGCAUGAGGCUCACUGCAAAUACAUCUGCAACAAACUGGACUCAGAAUCAGCUGUAUAUAACUGUUCUCCAUGAUGGAUUGUAUGCCUACGUUGAUUCCACACCACCACAGCCCUACUUCUCAAAAUUGGUGAACAAAAACAAGACAGGAAACCAUCCGACACAGUUUACCUUAACAAAUGGCAGCUUCAGUUUCUUUGUACAGUCCACGCCAGAUCCAUAUUCAAGUAUCACGUUGCCAGCAGCCAAGUCUACCCAGUACAUGAGAUUUGAAAAUGACGGACACCUGAGGCUGUACGAAUGGUCUGGCACUGAAGCAAAGUGGGUCAUGGUGUAUGAUGUGAUCAAGAUGUUUCCUGAUGAUGACUGUGCUUUCCCAACGGUCUGUGGGGAGUACGGGAAGGCAAUUUUAGGCGCUAUAAUUGGAGGUGUUACUGGUAUUGUACUGGUUCUCAUUGUUGUCACUCUUUAUGUACAAAGGAGGAGGAAGUACCAUGAGAUAGAUGAAGAAUUUGAUUUUGAUCAAUUGCCGGGCAAACCAAUGAGGUUUUCUUAUGCGAAGUUGAGAGAAUGCACCGAAGACUUCAGUCAAAAGCUCGGGGAAGGUGGAUUUGGUUCAGUUUUUGAAGGGAAAUUAAAUGAAGAGAGAGUGGCCGUGAAACGUUUGGAGAGCGCUAGACAAGGGAAAAAAGAAUUCCUGGCAGAGAUUGAAACAAUUGGUAGCACUGAGCACAUCAAUCUUGUCAGGCUGGUAGGAUUCUGUGUAGAGAAAGCACAUAGACUUCUAGUAUAUGAAUAUAUGCCUAGAGGUUCCCUUGACCGGUGGAUAUAUUACCGCCACAAUAAUGCCCCUCUUGAUUGGAGCACCAGGUGUAGGAUCAUUCUGGAUAUUGCCAAGGGCCUAUGCUAUCUUCAUGAGGAGUGCCGGCGAAAAAUUGCUCAUUUGGACAUUAAACCACAGAAUAUUCUGUUAGAUGACAACUUCAAUGCUAAAUUGGCUGAUUUUGGAUUAUCCAAGCUCAUAGACAGGGAUCAAAGCAAAGUAGUGACUGUGAUGAGAGGCACACCUGGGUAUCUGGCGCCUGAAUGGUUAACGUCGCAAAUCACCGAAAAAGUUGAUAUUUACAGCUUUGGAGUUGUUGUUAUGGAAGUAAUAUGUGGAAGAAAAAAUAUCGAUAAUUCUCAGCCUGAGGAAAGCAUCCAUCUGAUCAAUUUGUUACAAGAAAAGGCUCAAAAUAACAGGCUGAUUGAUAUGAUUGACAAACAAAGUCAUGACAUGGUCACACACCAGGAUAAAGUUAUUCAGAUGAUGAAGCUUGCAAUGUGGUGCUUGCAACAUGAUAGCAGUCGAAGGCCAUUGAUGUCAACGGUAAUAAAGAAGCAUACAACCAAGAAGACCCUCACACACGCAAUAUGUUACCCAGUAUCCAAGAAAUACUCUAUCAAAAAGUUGUCUGCUCAAACUCGAGAAAUGCUACAAAAGGACUUGGAAGCGAGGGUGAACUGGGGAAGCGACCAGCAGCCUAUAAUACAUGAAUUUGACAUGAGUAGUGGUGGAGAAAGAAAAUUGGUGGAUGAUGUCGAACUUGCAUUUGCAUUUUCUGAAAGGAUGGAUGAUAAGAAAUUGUUCUUGUUUGUUGAUAUUGUGGACAAACCCGCAGAUUUGAUUUCCAACUCAACUAUUAUAGAGGCAGCAGUGAACAAUGUGGGGCAUGAUAAUGUCGCAAGACAAGGGGAUUGCAACAAUGAGGCGCUUGUUUCUCCUCUAAUUGAUUGGGACAAUCUAGAGAUAAUUCCUCUUGCAGAAGAUCAGAUUGGGGCUGCACUCCUGUGA